UGUUGGGAAAUAAGAGGACACCAGAGGGGAAUAGAAUUUUCAAUUCAGAAAGGGGAAAUCGUUGUCCUUUUUAUGUUUCACCGCAUGCAAAUAAUCUCAAAAGAAAAAAAAAACUUUUUUGAAAAAGGAAGGGCGAAAAGUUCCACGAAAAAAACUAGUGACGACAAGUCCCAAUGUGGAGAGCCGACCUCACGGCCAUUGUCCGUCCGGGACACGGGGAUAAUAGUCAAGACUACCCGCAUUUUCCGUGCAGGACUUGCAAGCGAUUGGCGAACAGACCGACCGAAACCGACAGCCAUAGGCCAGUCAGGCCAGCCGAAGUACUAGGAAACGGCCGGCACACAGGGGGACAGGCAACAGUUCGGGCUCCACGGCCCCUCGGUGUGGCCUCUGGUUCGUCAUGGUGGCCAACCCGUCAAGACACAGCCUGGAGACUGGGUGGAGGACACAGCGAGAUGAAGGGAUCAGCGCCACUGGCGGCCAUAACUGGAUCGAGGUGCGUGUCAGAAAUUAACCGUGGUUCCCCCGUGACGUUGUUAAUAAGAGGUCCCUGGCGAUAGAGUUCAAGUUCUCUCGGCGCCCGGAAGGAUGUGAAACCGUUAGCAAUGGAGUUGUCGCGACCUCGGCAUGCCUAGAAAGAUGAUGGUGACUGAAGCCGUCUUGGCUUUUGGGGGGCGAUGGAUUUGGUACGUCGAUGUGGCACUGCGAGAAUUCAUUCUCGAGUGAUGAAUGUUGGGGUUUAGCCAGUCACGAGCC